CAGUCGGGCUUGUACAGGUGAGCUUUGAUCUAAGUGUCAAUAUUUACUAGUUCUUGUAAUCAAGUGGGCCAAGCUGCUUCAUUCAAGACUGUGGGUUCCUGUGGAUUCAAUGGACUCAUUGCAGCGAAUCGGUGCCAAGCCGCCAAAGAUCAAAGUAAGGACGAGCCAACCAGCUUUGUUCCAAGCAGCCAUCCUGACAUGUACCUUCUCCCUGGUCUAUAUAUUUGACCUUCUCAUCCCGGAGAGAGCUCCCGGAGUGCCUAAAGAAAGAGAGAGUGGGUUGUUUUUGUUUUUUUUUAGUUUCAUUGAUAAAUAUCGUUGUGGGAAUUAGGCUGCAACCGCCACACCUUUACUCAGACCCGCAGCGGUUGGAAAGGAUGUCCAUAGCGGGGGUGAGCGAGAGUCCGGGGAAGGCCGGCCAGUACCGGGUGGAUCACCUCCUGAACGCCGUGCAAAGUGAGCUACAGGCCGGCAGCGAGAAGGGCGACCCCACGGAGAGGGAGCUGAAGCUAUCUUUGGAUGACAGCGAACUUUGGGGCAAAUUUAAGGAUCUCACUAACGAGAUGAUAGUGACAAAAAACGGCAGGCGCAUGUUCCCCGUGAUGAAAGUCAACGUGUCCGGACUGGACCCGAACGCCAUGUACUCCUUCUUGUUGGACUUUGUAUCUGCGGACAACCACAGGUGGAAGUACGUGAGCGGGGAGUGGGUCCCCGGGGGGAAGCCCGAACCUCAGACUCCGAGCUGUGUCUACAUCCACCCGGACUCACCAAACUUCGGCGCACACUGGAUGAAAGCCCCCGUCUCUUUCAGCAAAGUCAAACUCACCAAUAAACUCAACGGGGGAGGUCAGAUCAUGUUAAACUCCUUACACAAGUAUGAGCCGCGAAUCCACAUCGUGCGUGUUGGAGGCCCGCGCAGGAUGGUUACCAGUCAUUCCUUCCCAGAGACACAAUUUAUUGCAGUGACGGCCUAUCAAAAUGAAGAGAUAACCGCUUUGAAAAUAAAACACAACCCCUUUGCCAAGGCGUUCCUGGAUGCAAAGGAAAGAUGUGAUGACAAAGAUAUCAAAGACGAAACAGUUGAACACCAGCAGUCAACGUAUUCACCGUUAGGCGGUUGGUUUCUACCUGCUUCAGGCUCCCUCUGCCCUCCUGCGGCUGCAAGUCCUCACAGUCAAUUUGGAAGCCCCAUCUCUCUCUCGCCAUCCCACGGUCGUGAGCGCUACUCCACGCUCAGGACCCACCGCUCGGCGCCCUACAGCACCUCUUCUUACAACCAUCGGACUAACUCGCCCACAGGUUACACAGAGAACCCCUCUGCAUGUCUGUCAAUGCUGUCAAGUCAAGACAACUGGUGCGGUCUCCAGAUUCCAACGCACUCCAGCAUGAUGUCCAUGACCCACAAUCCAACCACUGCUACCAACUCCAGUCAGUACAGCAGCCUUUGGUCGAUGAACAACACACCGCUGACCCCAGUCUCCCCGGUGUCUCACCAUUCGGCUGGGAUGAACAACAACAACCUGAGCUCCCAGUUUCUGAGAGGGUCCGGCAGUCACUAUCCCCAUCUGGCGCACUCGGUACCAGCGCCCUCAUCUGGCUCACCCAUGUAUGACAGCGGUAGCACAGAGGGGCACGACUCAGCUCAGUAUGAUUCCUCUCUGCAGCGGCAUUCUCCAGCCUGGACUGCUGUUACGCUCCCGUCCAUGUGAUGGAUCAGAUAGAGUGCAAUUUAAUGCUUUCUUUUCUAAAAUACAAGACUCUUUUGAAAUGCCAUUUCCCAGGCUCAAGGAAAUGAAUUUGAGAUCUUCAAAUGCUGACAUCUGAUAUUGUGUUUGUUACUAAGAGGAAGCAGCAGGUGAGGUUCUGUGCUUUUAAACUGAAAGGAAGAUCUCUUGGCUUUCUGCAGUUUAUGUACUGUAUUUAUGAUCAUUAGAUCCUUCACUGAACAUACAUGAAUGUGUAUCGUAUUGGAAGCACAAUUCUAGCUUUAAUGCGCUUAUAUUAAGUGCAAGUCCAUGAUAAAGUGAUGAUUGGUAGCUUUUUUUUUACAGGUUUCAAAAAUCGUUUAUAGCGCAAAUGAGAAAACGACUAUUCCAUACCUCAUGCAGCUUGACGUAAAUAGUCUCCUACUAAAAAAAAA